AUGGCUUCAACCUUCGACCUCUCUGCGCUUUCGAGCUCUCUCCUGUUCCGUAACCUAGCCAUCCCGGGUCUCAUCGCCGUACUGGUCGUCGCUGGCUCCCUCGUCCGCUGGACAACCAACCACCGUCAAAUCCCCCUCCCUCCCAGCCCACCCGGUAGCCACUGGCUGAAUGGACAUACCUUCCCUCGCCGCAAAUCCAACGAACUCAACCCUUUCCUCCAAGUCGAGCGCUGGAUACAAGAGUACGGACCCAUUAUCACUGUCAAACAGGGCCUCCAGACCGUCGUCAUCAUUGGGCGGUACCAUGCUGCCGUCGACAUCCUGGAGAAGCAGGGAGGGCUAUCUACGGAUCGGCCAAGGUCCGUCGCAGUCGGGGAGAUUCUUUCAGGCGACCAUCGACUAGUGCUCGCGUCUGGGGAUAGGUUCAGGAGGAUGCGCAAAGCUAUGCACUCACACCUACAACCAAAGGCAGCAGAGAGCUACCAGCCGAUUCAGAUGACACACGCCCGGGACGUGAUUCUGAAGAUCCUCGACAAACCUGAGGACUUCCAGUCGCAUGCCUCAGCGUUCGCAGCCUCAGUAGUCUUGCAAGUCGCAUACGGCAAAACGUCACCAACCCUCGCGAAUGACCCGGAGGUCCAAGCUGUGCACCGCGCUCUGGAACGUAUACGCGUUGCGCUUCGGCCGAACGCCUACCUCGUCGAGUCAUUCCCAUUCUUGCGAUAUCUUCCUCUGUAUGCUCCAGAGCUGAAGCAAGGGUACAGGGAAGACUCUGAGUUAUACAUGCGACAACUCGGAGCUGUACGCACGCAGAUGAACAACGACGAAGGCGGCCCGUCUUUCAGCAGAUAUCUUCUCAAGAAUGAAAGUAACCACAUGUUGAACGAGCUGGAGAUGGCGUACUUGGCUGGGUCUUUCUUCACCGCAGGAUCCGACCCGACGGCACUAGGUAUCUGCACCGUACUCAUGUGUGCAGCGCUUCACCCCGAAGCGCAGGCUAUAGUGCAAAACGAGAUUGAUGCCAUCAUUAGAAGGGAUAAAGCACCCACCUUCGCCGAUGAGAACGCUCUCCCUCAGCUGAAGGCAUUCAUUUCAGAGGCUUUGCGUUGGCGACCUAUCGUGGGGAUGGGCUUCCAGCACAGGACAUCCGAGGAUGUGGUUUGGGGUAACUAUUGCAUCCCUGCUGGAACGACUGUGAUGGGAAACCACUGGGCAAUCUCCCGUGAUCCCGAAGUCUUCCCCGACGGCGACCACUUCAACCCAAAACGUUGGAAAACUUCCAAGGGUGAGAUGCGAGACGACAUCAGGUUCUUCACUUUCGGCUUCGGAAGACGGGUAUGCCCUGGCCAACACGUAGCAAACCGCUCAGUAUUCAUCAAUACGUUACUUAUUCUCUGGGCCUUCCGGCUUUCAAUGCGGUCGUCGCAACCUGUGGAUGAUACGGCCUACAUGCAGGGUGUCACUCCGAAGAAGCAGAUGUUUGAUAUCGGCUUCGAGCCAAGGAUAGAGGAAAGGGAUUUGAGAACGAUGAUGGAUGAGUAUGGCGGCAUGGAGUGA